AUGUUAAUGAACAUAAAAAAUACUUUUCGCUUUUCUUAAUUCAAAAUAAAAAUUGAUCAGAUUUAACAUCAUAAAUACGGUCCAUUAUAAGAAAUAGACUUUAAAUUAUUGAAUGUUCAUUAACAAACAUCUUUAAGGGAGAUCUAUUAUUCUUAUAUGAAACAUAUGAAAUUGUUUGAAAUAUAAUAAUAAGAAGAAAAAAUGGAAUAAAUUAAGAAAGCAUAUAUAAGAAUUUUGGCAAAACGAUUAUAAAAUUUGGAUGAAAUUGGUGAAAUGGAAUCUAAAGAUUUAAGAUUUCUGAUUGAUAAUAAUUUUGGAUUCCCUUUUGUUGAAGGAUUAAGAAGAUCAGAGAUGAUUACUUAAUUUUAAGAAGAAAUUGAAUCUAAAAAGCUUUAUCAUUAUCCUCGUAUAGCAUAAGCAUUAUUAUGGAUAAUAUUGGGAAUUCCUAGUCUUUUUUUAAGUGACAAUUAUGUAUAUGAAAAUUGA